CUACAACAGUAGCGCCAAUAAUUGCGCCCACGCCACCACCGAAUUGCCAAUGGCAGUUCUGGCAGCAAAGGCGGAACCAAGGCCAGCGCCAGCGCCAGUGUCAGCGCCAAUGACAAUGCCAAUCCCAAUGACCGUGCCGCAGCUGCCACGGAUGCAAAUGUCCGUCCCGGCAUAUGCCCCAUUUGCUGCUGCCGACACCCCUGGAGCCACCGAUAAGAACCGAUCCUCUGUGCACAUACAACACCCGUUCCAGCAGCCGGCGCACAAUCUGCGCCAAGGCCCGCUCGCUGCAGACGACUCGGCCCUCUCGUCUAUCCUGCCGCCGCUCCAGCAGCAGCAGCAGCAGCAGCAGGACCACAGCCAGCAACAAACUGCGCACAUUGCAUAGUGCCACUUUCUCCAGCAGCCCCUCAACCACCUCAUCCUCUCACGAGUCAUACAUGCACUUCUCACAUACACAAUUUAUUUAUUUUGCUUCCAAAUACACUCAAAUCACCAUUCCCAUUCUCGCACGCACUUGCACAACUGUUGCAGACCUUCGCCUCCAAAGCACCGCCUGCCCCUGCCAAUUUCCAGCCUUUCAGACCAACAAAGUCAACACAAAGCAUGGAAGCCUCGAAUUUUCCUAUGGAAACCCGCUGGCAGCAGCCAGAGCCGAGCACAUACUUGAAUUGUUUUGCUAUGCCUGCAUUUUAUGUCGAUGUCAUCGCUGCCACAAGCGAUCCGCGCUCUUUCUCUUUCUCUUGCUCUCACCUCACCCUCACCCUCACUCUCUCUCACUCUCACUCCCGCCCUCGCUCUCACUCCCACCAGCAUUCGCAAUCGCAAUCGGAACCGCAACGCACCACCACGCGCGGCCAGCGUUUCUCGAUGGAUUGCCACGCCGUUUUGUUCUUUGUAAUGGCCCCUCCGCCCGCCCACUCGCCCGACUCUGCCUGCAUCCCGCCGCUGCCGCUGGUUACCACUUUGGGCAAUGGCCAAUGGGGGAUCGGCCGCGCAGUAUGAACCCUGUUUCCGUUUCUCUCCUAUCUCCUUCACCUGGUAAAACAUUCAUUGGCUCGGUGCCACCGAUGUCCGCCGCUGCCGCUGAUCAUCGCUACCGCUCCUCACUCCCUUCCAUCACAUGCUCCUGUCGGCACCGCAUACACUAAAAUACAAUACAUUCUCACUCAUACAUUCACUCACGCCCGCAAGAUGGGGCCUCCUUUGGAAAUAUUUUUUAUUCAACGCCGACACAGUUGAGC